CGACGGGCAACUCUACAUGGCAGAAACGGGCUGGAACUGCCUGAUAUGCUACGGCACCGACCAUCCGACCGGACUUUGCCACCUCCCGAGCAUCAAUGGCUGGCCCGGACCAACGAGCAAGACCAUCGCCGCCUUCAUCGACUACUCGUGGAAGGCGACCUCCCGCAUGAGGAACGAUCUGUAUGGGCGCCGCAACGGGAAUGACGCUGCAGGACAGACGAGCGGCGGAAACCAACAGAACAGUAACCUCCCGCCACACCUGCACAGGCGCCGCGACAACGCACAGGACCAAGGCAGAGGACGAGGAGGAAAACCGAGCAACCGGGGGCGCGGACGCGAGAACCGGGGCAGAGGGGGUAAGCAGCCCCGCCGAGACCGUGACUUCCGCAAUUACUACGAGUACUAGUCUACAUUUGGCACACACACCCAAGUCUCCGCACCCUAGAAAGUUGAAACCGAUCUCUUUGCAUUACCACUAGAAUCCCCCUGUGUAAGACCCAACCCCGGGACAAACGACAACUCCAAAACGUGUAAAUAAGUACCCAAGCCAGACUUUUUGAAGCGCGAAUCCCCCACGACUGGAUGUGUGGGACGAGCACACGAGGAUACAUAGGACCCAGAUGCGCUCUCGGAGUCUGCCUUCUCCAGACCCAAAUACACCGACCGCACGCGGGACGGGAAAG